CGGGUCACGGGAGCUGUCCGCGUCUGUAGUGCUGCUCUGGUUUCAUUGAACGGCUGCGCGUGCGAGUGUGUUUAUGGACGCGAUGGAAGAAGAACUGAAAUGCCCGGUUUGCGGAUCUCUCUUUAAGGAGCCGAUUAUUUUACCGUGCUCUCAUAAUGUCUGCCUGGCGUGUGCCCGGAAUAUCAUCGUACAGACCCCGGAGGGAGAGACCCCUCCGCAGAACCGAUGCUCCGGUGUUGACUAUGACUAUCUGGAUAUGGACAAGAUGAGCAUGUACAGCGAGACGGACAGCGGCUACGGCUCAUACACGCCGUGCCUGAAGUCUCCCAACGGAGUGCGCGUGUUCCCCCCCGCGCUGGUGCACCGCCACUGCUCCAUCACCUGCCCGCUGUGCCACCGCAGCGUGUCCCUGGACGAGCGAGGGCUCCGGGGCUUCCAGCGCAACCGGCUGCUGGAGGCGAUCGUGUCCCGCUACCAGCAGAGCCGCGCCGCCUCCGUCAAAUGCCAGCUGUGCGACCGCAACCCGGUGGACGCCACGGUGAUGUGCGAGCAGUGCGAUGUGUUCUACUGCGCUCCGUGCCAGCAGCGCUGCCACCCCUCCCGCGGACCGCUGGCCAAACACCGGCUGCUGCCGCCGACUCAAGCGCAGGCGGGGACCGCGCAGCCGGCCGGCGCCUCCGCGCGCGCUCAGGCGACAUGCGUGGAUCACGAAGCCGAGAACUACAGCAUGUACUGCGUCAGCUGCAAGACCCCCGUGUGCUACCAGUGUCUGGAGGAGGGCAAACACGGCAAACAUGACGUAAAGCCCCUGGCCGCUGUGUGGAAACAACACAAGUGUCAGCUGUCCCAGGCGUUGAAUGGAGUGUCUGACAAAGCCAAGGAGGCCAAGGAGUUCCUGGUGCAGCUGAAGAACCUGCUUCAGCAGAUACAGGAAAAUGGGGUUGAAUUUGAGGCAUGUCUGGUCGCUCAGUGUGACUCUCUGAUUGAAGCGCUCACUCGGCAGAAGGCCAAACUGCUCACCAAGGUCACAAAGGAGAAAGAGAGUAAGCUAAAGACUGUGAAGGAUCAGAUAACUCACUGCACCAUGAAGCUACGACAGACCACAGGAAUGAUGGAGUUCUGUCUGGAGGUUAUUAAAGAGAACGAUCCCAGUGGAUUCCUACAGAUCUCAGAUGCAUUGAUCAAGCGUGUCCAGGUGUCUCAGGAACAGUGGGUAAAAGGUGCAUUGGAGCCAAAGGUCUGCCCAGAAUUCGCCUUGACCAUCAACACAGACCCUCUGAUGCAGUCGAUUCUCCAGCUGGACUUCACCCAGAAUAAAGCGGAGUCCCCCACAGUGCCUCCUGCACCACUGUUGCAGUUGGAAAAAUGCUGCAUGUGGAACAACAGUGCCACUCUGGCCUGGAGGAUAACUACAGUCCAAGCCCUGCCUGUAGAGGGUUAUGUGCUGGAGCUUGAUGAUGGGAACAGCGGGCCUUAUCGGGAAGUGUAUGUUGGGAAAGAGACCAUCUGUACAGUGGAUGGCCUUCAUUUCAACAGUUCAUACAAUGCUCGAGUCAAAGCGUACAACUCUGCUGGUGUGGGAGCGUACAGCAAGGUUGUCGUUCUGAAGACAUCUGAUGUGGCAUGGUUCACUUUUGACCCUACCUCAGCUCACAGAGACAUUGUCCUGUCCAAUGAAAACCAGACUGUGACUUGUAACAGUUACGAUGAUCGCGUGGUGCUCGGGACGGCUGCCUUCUCCAAGGGCGUUCAUUACUGGGAACUUAGUGUGGAUCGCUAUGACAACCACCCUGACCCCGCAUUCGGUGUGGCCCGGAUUAAUACGAUGAAGGACAUGAUGCUGGGGAAGGACGAUAAGGCUUGGGCUAUGUAUGUGGACAACAAUCGCUCCUGGUUCAUGCACAACAACUCCCACACCAACAGAGCUGAGGGUGGCAUCACAAAGGGUUCGACUGUGGGGAUUCUGUUAGACCUGACAAAACAUACCCUGACCUUCUUCAUCAACAAACAGCAGCAUGGACCCAUGGCUUUCGAGAACCUGGAGGGUGUGUUCAUGCCCGCGGUUAGCCUUAACCGCAACGUCCAGGUGACUCUGAUCACAGGUUUGGAAGUCCCAAAGAGCAUCAUGUGAUCAUCUUGGACCAAUGAGAACAAGCCAGAACCUUCUUGUCAAACAAAUCAGUGCUCUUAGACUGCACUGUCAUACUGAUCUUAAUAUUUUUUCCCCUUAUGAUCAUAUGGGUGAUUUGCAUUUUGGUGUUUACGAAUCAAUCCCAUGUUUAUGGAAAAGCAAACCGUGAUGUCCCUAUGGGGGUCGAAGCUGGAGUCGAACCCCAAAGCACUUUGAAAUAAAGUUCUGCCUGUUUUUCAUACCUCCAGCGAAAGAUUAGCACAGUUUCAAAAAUCUAAUUUGGAUUAAAACCAAUUUAUCAUCCAUUUGAUGUGUUAGCAAUGGAACGGAGUGAUCAAACCCAACCGAUAGUGAUCAAACAACUGCGAAACUAAAGGGGAAUUUGAAAAUGUUUCAGGUUAAUCUCACAUGCUACAUGAAUCUCAGGUUUAAUCACCUUUAAUGUGCUUCAAAAAACCAUGAAUCUUGGGUGCUGGGAUUGAAAAAGUCCCGGUCAAGCCAAAAGCCCUGCGUCAGAUUAUAGUGAAGUUUACAGUCUAUUCAGUUCACAGUUCUAUGAGAAAAAUGUUAAAUCUGAUUGCUAACAGCACAAUCUGAUUCAUAAUUCAUGAUUUUAGCACAAACAGUGCAGGAUGAGUUAAAUGCUGAAGUGUAAUACUUAACGUAUGCACUAUUGUCUUGCAAACAGCACUAAAACACACACACACACACACACAAAAAACUCCAGGUUUACAGAAAUUAAAUAAUACCUGCCAUUAGAGAUAGACUGUGUCCUCACCACCAAGUCUUGGUGCUUAAUAUGAGCCACAAUUGCGAAUACUUAGCCAGAAUCUCAACUCUGAGGUCUCCUUACACUGUGACCGACAUAUUCCUUAAGAGUCUUGAAGUUGAAGUGUGCAAUUUCAACGCUAUCCCGCGACCAAUUCAUACAUAUUUUACGAGGUGGCUAAUUCGUACAAAUUUGUACGACCUCCCUCAUACAAUUUUUUCGUAUGAUUUGUCUAGACCCCUGGUGAUGGGUAGGUUUAAGGGCGGGGUUAGGUGCACGUCAUUAGUUCAAAUUCAUACCAAUUGUGCAACUCGUAAAAUACGUACGAAUUGCCUUGAGAUCGGGCUGGUAAUUUUCUCCUGUCCCAGCUGAAGUAAGCCAUGUUAGGUUGAUUUCGCAAAAAAAGUGUAAACAUUGUCUCAAAACAUUGCUUUGUUUGUUUGUUCUACUCCUAGCAACAACGACUCAACCAAUAGUGAGAGUUUAGGGCGGGGCUAUCUGUAUUUGUGACCAAUGACAAAUGAGUGUAGGGGAAACCUGUUUGAAAACAGUCACUAUUUUUGUAAAUUUAUUUAGUGAUACACUUACACACUUUGACUUUAAAUACAUGACAGACUCAAGCUUCAUACACCUCAUUACAAGUAAAUGAGCACUUCAUGGUUCGAUUUAUCAGCAUUAUUUCCAUCCCGCGCUCUUUAAAGGUUUCCAUGCUUUUUUAGAUUCUGAUGUCGAAAUGUCAAGUCAGAGCAUGUAGUUGGGAGAGAAGAUUGCGUUUGCAUGUUGUACAGCUGUAUAUGGUUAAAGCAUUGAAGCGCGCAUGAGUUACACAUUCAUUAUAUUGAGUUUGUUACAGUGUGAUGACUGGAUUAAACAAGAAUACAGCAUAGACGCAGAGUUUGCAAUCUGCCUCCUAGUGUUUGUUGUGUGGAAUUAUUUAUGAUAACAUAGCUUUGAGUUAAAACCCCCAAAAGCUACGUAACUCCAUAACAGCGCUUUUAUUCUCAUAAAACUGGUCACAGUAAAUGGUAUGAAGAGUCACAUAUGGGCCUUGCAAUAGGAGAAACAAACCUAUGUUCAGUUCAUACCUCUUUUAAAAUUACGAUGGUUUCAGGGUGAAAUAAGAGAUGAAUUAAAUAUAUUAUAUUUAUGUUUAUUAUCCUACCCAGACACUUAUUUACUGGAUUAUGGGAGCAUAUGAUGACCCAUUGGUGAUGUAAAACAUGGGGUGUUGUUGAUAUUUAUAACAUGUUUCUAUGAACAGUGUAAUUAAUGUAAAUAGCCUGAGCUGAUGCUUUUAUUGCGCAAUGAUUACUUAGUUGUCAGAAGUACCAAGCUAAACUGGAACAGCACUAUGUAAAUAAAUAAGAAAUAUUUCAAAAGAGUGGUAAAAUGUAAAAAGUUGUGCUUAAAGGAAUGUUCUGGGUUCAGUCAGGGCCAUUGUCUGCUUGGGACAGCUGGGAAUGUUGUUCCAGGUCAUUUAUCAACAUCUUCACACUACUGUGAUGGCUUUUCAAGUAUAAAUCACAGAAAAAAGUUUUUUUUUUGCAGUAAAACACCAACACAAGAACCAGUACAAUCUCAUGGCAGUUUGUAACUGUUUUGGCAAAAUGGUGACUUAUUCAUAUGAAUUUAUUCAAUCUCACAAGUUUUCAAAGGAUCUAUUUAUGCCCCAGUGAUGGCUAUAUUUAUUAUUAAAUUAAUAAAAUUAAUUUAAUGCAUUUAGCAGACACUUUUAUCCAAAGCAACUUACAAAAUAUUCAAGAUAACAAUUUUCUCCUAACCUGUGUUCCCUGGGAUUCAAACCCACAACAUUGCGCUUGCUAGCGCAAUGCAUUACCACUUGAGCUACAGGAACACUAUAUUUAGGGGUAGGGUUAGAGAUGGACAUUCAUGCUUACUUUUUCAUUAAAACUUUUUAUAUUUUCCCAUUGUACAAAUUCAUAUGAAACCACUACCUGCCAAAGCGAUUGGGCUGUAACUUACACAAUGACAGAAACCUUACACAUGUUAACAUGAGCCCUGAGCAUGUUGAGUCCAACACAAGACCAAAUGUAACCUUCACGUUCAUGUGUUUUCAUGUUCACAGCCAAUUUUUGCUAAUGGCCUUAAUUAUAGAUGAUGAGUCGGAAAGUCAUGUGACUGAAACAGAUGAAUAGCUGAACUUUGAACAUUCCUUUAAAUCCAGUUUACAAUGACUGUUUGGGUGACGCCUGCAAAACUGCCGUCCGUCCAAAAGGAUCUAUACUGCCGAAUUCAUUUUUUUAAUAUCACAAUGAUCCUUUUUUGUUUGUAUUAAAGUAUAUUUAAAAUUCGAUGUCCGUGUACAUAACAGAAUCACUGCUCGUGUAUUGAAUAUGAAACAAAAUUCAGUCAAAGAGCAGUUUGCUGAGACUGGAAUAAUGCCAACAUGAGAACUUGAGAGGGUGCAGUAUAUAUGUAUGUUAAUAAACCAAUUGUACAGUGAUGGAGAAUUCAUUAUGUAGAGCUACAUAUGGAUAUGACCCAGAAUCAUGGGAGAAAAGAUGUGUACUAUCAGGAUAUUUACUUACUCAACAAUAUGGCUGAGGAAGCCAACUUGCAAUUCCUGCCAAUAUUGAACUGCCACAAACUAAAAACUUCAUAUCAGGGGGUUCUUCAACUGUGGUCACCUUUUGCCCUGGGAAAUAUCAGAACCUUUGUCAUUUUCUUAACCAACAAAUGCAAUCCCAUUUCAUCUCAAAUGGAAAUACCAUGUUAAACUUUUUUUAAUUAUUAUUACAAUGGCCCAUCUUGCCACUUUUUUGUAUUCUAAAUACAAUUAGAUAAUAUGGUCAUGCUUUUUUUUUUUUUUGACAACACAACUAUACUUAAUUUUUUUCGGCACUUUGCAUGCAUUUGUAGAAGUUUCCCUUUUAGGCGCAAGUUUGAAAGUGUGGAUCUGGAGAAAAAAUAAAAUAAAAUCUAUGGAUAUCUGGAGUUGUAAAAGUACCAAAAAAAAUAAAUGAACACAAUGAUAGUUUUAAUGUGAUCCAUCAUAUUAAAAAUUUAACAAUCCUUUCAGGCAUAAAAGUGGCCAUAGUUGAAGAAACACCCAUCAACAGAAAGCACAGAUGAAUUCCACUGUAUUAAUUUAUUUUUUAUUUUCCAGAAACAAGGACAUAUAUACGGAGCAAUCCUAUUUUUCCUCCGAUUCUUUUGAAAGCGCAUACAAUGGAGUGCUCUUGAGGGAGUAGUAUGGUGAACAUGACUCUCUGUGAGCGCAACUAUCAUCAGAAAAACUUCUGUAGUCCUAAAAACAGAAAAUCUGCCACACUAACACGUUUUUAAGAAUUUAUUUUUCUAUUUACAGCAUAUGCAUGUGGAUGUACAUUAGUCAGGUGCCCUCAAAUGAUCGCAUUAUGAAAAGUUUGGAAAGGAAAGACUAGUUGUUUUUCAGACGCGUCUUUCCACUGAUCAGCUGACACAAGACACAGCUCUUAGCAUUGUGUAUCAUCAUUUUCUCCUGUAUGUGAUCUCGAGCUCUCAUUUGCUCUUACUAAUGUGAUUUUUGUACAUCAAAACAUUGUACAUGACAUUCUUUUCUUACUACUUGGUGUAGAAGAAAAACGGUCUUUCCCUUUUAAUAAACAAUACAACUGA